UUUACCCACAAUUACCCAUUUCAAAGGUUGAAGGGGGGCUCAUCCCCUCCAACCUUUGCAUAAAAAAGAACUGCCACAAAAUGCACACCAUUCUGUCAUCAUGAAAAACAAACAUUUCUCUGUUGUCUUAGUGUGGCAGCAUUGCAACAACUAAUUUGAAAUCAUAUACCACCUAUUUAGUUCACUCUCUUUAAGAAGCUAACACUCCUGAUAUGCAAAACAUAUUUCAUGUAUUGAUGGUAUUAUAAAAGACCCGACACGAAUAUGGUAAUGUUAAUACACCAAAAAUAACUCCAUUAUUAUCCAUUGACAAUUUUAUGUAGUACAAAAUAAAACAUACUCCGAAUAAAAAGUUCAUGUUUAACUCAAUAUGUGAGAAGGAAACAAGACAAUUUUUAUUUGAAUAGUUAUAUUUCGAAAUUUUUACAAAUUCAUGAAACCAGUUGUACUUGAUACCAACCCACAGUGUCACAGGAUGGUUACUUGUUGAACGUCGAAGUUGUCGACAAAGAUUCAAAAUGGCAGAUCCUUCUUUAGGCGCGCAAUUCAAUAUUUGUGCUUAGUUGGUAUGGUACCUUUGGUGUUUAGUUCUUUUCAAAAUGGCUAAUUCUGUAUUGUCAUCGACAGUUACAACAAACGUUGACUGCACCUUAAACGAAUCAACUCUGUGUUCAGAUGAAUCUGGUGGAGUUUUGUCGUCUUUCUCAACUUCUGCAUUAUCUACAACUGUUGAUACAUCUGAUGACAGCAAGGUGAUCGGACAUAUGAUUGAGAAGAAACAACUUUUACAUGAUAUGGAUCGCUUGCGAAUAGAGCUUAGUCAUAAAACCUUGCAACUUGACAGCUACAAAGCUGAACUUAUGAAUAAAAUAGAUGAUUUGGAAGAGAAACUUUCCGAUGCGACCUAUUCCAAGCAAAUAUUGAAAGCAAGACUUGAAUCGCAACUUAAACUUAAAGAAGACGAAGCUAACGCUCAGAAAAAGAAAUUAAACGAUGAAUUGGAUGAAAUAAAAAAACGUCAAAAACAGCUUGAGAAAGAAAACGCCACGCUACUUGGCAAGACUGAAUGUUUUAGAUCAAAUCUUUUUCGCGAUAAUCUUACGGAAGAAGAGUACCUAGAGUUGAAGUCACGGGAUGAGAAUUUAUUGUCAUUACAAGAGUAUACCUCUUUACGACUCCAUGAAGCAACACAGAUGCUGAAAGUACAAUGUGAAAGUUUGCAAAAAGUUGACUCUUUGUCACAGGAAUUGUCCGUACGGGAUGAAGAGAUUGCUGUUUCCCAAAUGGAAAUGGAAAAAGAGAGACAAGCUCGUUCUGAACAAGAAUUUAUGACCCAGAAAUUGAUGAUAAAAGUUGAAGAACUGCAAUCUCAUUUGAGCAAUAAAGACUUUAAAUCAGAGCAUUUUGAUGAAGUACUUUGUGAUCGCCACGAUAUAGAGAAAGAAGUUAUGCAGUUAAGAAAAGAAAAUGUCAACCUAGAAGCUCUCCUCAAUAAUAAAACGGAUGAGAAUGUUGAAAUUCAGAAAGAGAUGCAGGAACGCAAGCAAACUUUAGCAUUGUUAAAACAAGACAAGGAAUAUUUAAACAUGCAAAUGACUGAAGCUACUACAAAAAGUAAAGUUCUUGAAGGACAAGUUACUGUACUCACUCAAGAAGUGGAAAAAAUAAAAAAAGACAGAGAGGAUUUGUAUGAAAAAUAUAUAUCUGUCAGAGAGAAAUAUAAAUCUGAAUAUGAAAUGAAGUUGAGAGACGAACUUCAUUUACUCACAAAUAAAACCAACAGUGAAUUGGAAAAAAUUAAAAACAACGCCAAAGAAAUGUAUGAGAGGGAAAACAGAAGCUUAAGAGAGACUCGAGACAACGCUCUUGCUGAGAAAGACAGAGCUGUCAAUACAGAGAAAAAUACGAUGUCAAAAUAUGAGCAAGUUUCUCAGGAGUAUAGAGACCUGCUUACUUCAUCAGAUAGCAGAAUGACAGAAAUUCUUAGUAAUCUGAAAUUUAAACAAUUUGAGUUGGAUCGUUUACAAGUUUUGCAUGAAGAAACGACGCAAAAUUUAAAACAAGCGAACAUUGAUAUCACAUUAUAUCAAGAAAAAUUACAGGUUUUGAAUAAAGAGUUCUAUGCUCUGCAGGCCUCUACAGAUAAAAAAAUAAACGAACUCCAGAUUUCAAACACCGAUGCUUUAAAGAAACUUUCAAUUUAUGAGAAAUUAGAGCAAGAGUUAGACGACGUCAUUUUACAGGCUGCUCAAUUGGAAAGUGAAGUCGACAGAGAAAGAGUGAUGUUUUCAUAUGGUUAUGGUGCUAAUGUACCAAGCACCAGUAAGAGAAGAAUGCAACAAAGUAUUCAUUUGGCUCGACGUGUAUUGAAAUUGGAGAAAGCAAACACAGGUUUACAAGGUGAACUUGAAGCAGAAAAAAAGAAAAAGAACGAACUUUUACAAGAGUUAUCUAACACGACAAACAUAUUGAACGAAGCUCAACAACCUUAUAAUUAUUUGAUUGAAAGUAUUCGAGUCAGAGAUUUGCAAAUAGAAUCUUUAAAAGAUAACAACGCUUUGUUGGAGGAAGACGUUAGGAAACUUCAAAAAGAGCGAAAUGAUCUUGCUGAAAGUAAAAACAAGAUUACUGCCGAUCUUGAAAGGUUGUUAAAUCAACGCGAGGAGUUGGGCGCAAUAAAGAAUGUGGUGAUGAAGUUAAAAUCUGGUGGAAUGAAACGAUCUGACAUAUCUGAGCGAAAAACCACCACAGAAAAUGGAACGUCAAGUUAUGAUUUUGCCAAUAGCAUGCCCUCAUCGACGAUGUUUACAAAACAUGAAAAUCCCGUGUGGUACGAUAAACUAAAACAAAAGCACUCAAAACGAGGUGGUUGAGUAGAGAAGAAUAUGAAAGACAAUUUCUCACAAAUUGUGGCGUUGUUUAACAACCGUUUAGGCUAAAGACAGCCUUUCCCUGCAGAGAGACUUUAGGUGAUUUACUGCACGAAGCGUGUUUUUCAACAGUUCCCAAGUUCUCCUAAUCACAUGAAGCAAACGGUUUUUACAGCUUAGGAUGUAAGAAAUGUUACUAAGUUACUAAAAUGACAGACAGAGCAAAUUUUAUAUUUCAAAUAUGUAUUUCAAAGAAUACACAUUCAUAUUUUCAUUUAACUUUCAAAGAGGGAAAUAAAAAAUUUUAUUAAGCUGAGUUAUUUGUAAAAGAAUGAGCAAGAUGUUUCUUUCGUGACACGAUCAUAGCAAGUCAGAGCAAUGACCUUACACCAAAUAAUCGUUACACAGUGACGUAGUAGACUGUUUGCAAGUUUUGUCGUGACGUAGUAGACUGUUUGCAAAUUUUGUCGUGAUGUGCAAAUAUUUCAAAUGUAAGAACAAUAAAUUUUAAUGACUGCCACUGUCAUGACGUGCCCUACACCAUUAAUGUCGAGUGUCAUUGUUGAUAAAGAUGAAUGAGAGUUAAAACCGAGGACUUUAUAUAUUUGCUUCUUGUUUUUUAAUACGUUUCAUACUUUAUGUAGCUAACUUCGAAAUAUUCAUUUUAAGUAACAUUUAAAAUAAUAGAAAAAUGGUUAGGAAAAUCAA